CUACCCGGAGACAUGUAUGGGAAGGUCUUUGUGUUGCCCGAAGAGUCAGCUAAUUCCUUUGUGACCCUGAAGGCACAGGCAGAGAAGCCCCUCACGGCCUUCACCCUGUGCCCGCGCUUCUGCACCGACCUGCCCAGCACCUACGGCCUCUUCUUCUACACCACCCGCAAGCAGACAGAAGACAUUCUCCUGUCCAGGCGAGGGAAUGGGGUGUACAGUGUGGGCGUGAGUGGCGCCCAGGUGUCCUUCAGGUCUCCUGUGCACUUCCCUGCCCUGGAGCAUGUCUGUGCCAGCUGCCACUCGGCCUCAGGGAUCGCGGAGCUCUGGGUGGAUGGGAAACCCAUGGUGAGGAGGUGUCUGAAGAAGGGCUACUCCAUCGGGACCGAUGCCAGCAUCAUCCUGGGACAGAGGCAGCAUUCCUUGGGUGGUGCCUUUGAUAUGCAGCAGUCCUUGGUGGGAGACAUGGAGAUGUGUACAUGUGGGACUCUGUGCUGUCGCAGAAAGACAUGAAAGCCGUCUAUGCUGGCUGGACCUUCAGACCUAACGUCCUGGACUUGCGGGCGCUGAAGUAUGAAACUCACGGGGAGGUGUUCAUGGGGACCCCACUGUGGCCUGAGGCCCUGUCCUGACCUUGCAAUGCUUUCCUUCUGUAAGACCUUUAGUUCUUGAUCCUCUGCCCCAUAUACACUGAGGCCCUGCCCUGAACACUAAAGUUAC